GUAAAAGGAACAAAGUGGAUUCAAGAAGAACGCCAAAGAGAGUUCAUCUUACAGGCAGACACUCAUCACAACGCAAGUGAAAUAUACUUCCAUACUAUUCCACAAGAGCAUGUGAAGUCAGCAAGGAAAUGGAUGAAAGAUGGCAUAUUUCAACGUAACCAGAUGCCUGCAUUUGCUGAAAACCCCACUUUGACGGGAUAUGAUAAUUCCUACAGCAUUCCCUCAGACGCAGUACCAUUCGCUGGCUGGGACUAUAUUGAAGUGAAGAAAUUCGGGCAUUCGAAUUCGUUGGUUACAAUGUAUGGUGCAUACAUAGAAAAUAUUUUGGGAAUGGUGAUGAGAAAAUUAUCCAGCAAGCAAGUCCGUUUUCAAAUACUCCUCAGCGACUGUAUGGACAUCAAGCAAUAUAUUGACCAGGAGAGCAAAUAUGAUCGUAUUUUAACUUCGAACUUAAUAGAUUAUAUCAUUCUCCCGGAUUUACUAAAACUCUGUUCUCAGAAGCUAAACCACGGAAACCCUUAUGCAACCAUUGUAACGGAGACCCAAAAUUGGACACGUGAUUUUUGUCCUGAAGCAGACGUCACUGGUGAUUCGGAACGCUAUAAAUUGGGGAAAGAAACAGCUCUCAAAGAUACCAAGAAUCCUCAACAAGUUCAAUAUGGAGAUGUGAGGGAAUACCUCGAUAACUCCAGAGAGUUCAUUGAUUUCAUACGAGCAUUGUUCCACACCCAUGCCAUGAGAAUUAGGCCCACCGAAUUGCCCAAAAUUCCGACUGUUCAAGUGUUGGGCAAUGAAUUUCAAUUGAAACUCAGAGAUGGCUUUCGAAAUGAAAACAGGAUCGCUACUUUCAAGAUGGCUGUCAAUCGAAGAAGGGUGACAGUGAUUACAGGGUUAGCACGUAUCAUUGAAUGGGUGCCUUGGCAGAGUGAGUGA